ACCCCGUGUGCUCGUUCACGUGGUAGCUCUAGUGACGAACACAGUAUUUCGCCACAUAAUUUCAUAUAUGUGGGAAAAUACUGAGAGAAAAAACAUCUGGGUACGCCGAGAACCGACGCGGAACGCCAUCGCAGACAAAGCGUUUGUUUCCACACGGACCGCAACAGCUCCAACACCGACGUGCAAACAUGUAAACAGACGCGGGAAACUUCAGCGUGGAACCCGCAGUCCAUUGCGUGAACGUCAUUAUUAGACGGGUGUGGAAGUGUAGGGAAGAGUGUCAUGACAGACAUUUUAACACUCGUGUUUCGGACUUUCACGUCACAAACGGGUGGAAGGGAGGAGCCUACAGUCGCCCCGGCGUCACCGGCGUCCUGCAGCACGCUGGUGGUCGGGGACGCCGGCAUCAGCCGCUCCGUGCUGCUGCUGGCGGCGGUGACGGCGGCGUCUGAGCUGGGGCUGAGAGUGGUGUUCUUCACCCAGACGCAGAUCCAGAGCCUCCCGCUGUGUCUGCAGAAGCGCGUCCCGAGCCUGAGCCCCGAGAGUCUGAAGAAAAUCAAGUUUUGCUAUCCGCGGACCGUGGAGGAGCUUCUGCAGCAGGUGGCCAGCCUUCACGAGCCCGCCCACACGUCUCCCACACCGCCGUCACUCAUCCUAGUCGACGGGCUGGAGGGCUACCUGCGCGGCCCCGGUGGCCUGGACCCGGGCGAGCGGUCCCGCGCCGCGCACCUGUCCGCGCUGCUGUGCGACAGCGCGGCCUUCCUCACGCAGCUCCUGCGACCCUCGCGCUCGGACCCCUGCCGCGUCGUCGCCUCCUUCCGGUCGGCGGUGGACGCCGCCGCGGAGGAUCCCGCACUCGACGUGCUGGACCGCUACUUCCAGGCGCGCUGCACUGUGGACAGAGCCGGCGGCUACGAAGCCGCUGCGGCCGGACUGCGCGAGGUGUGGCACGUUUACCUCUCCGGGAUCCGAGACCGGGAGCACCGGCCGGCCGCCACACGCGAGUGGAAGCUGCUGAUCUCCCCGGAUGGGUUCAUGGAGUUUGAGUUGGUUUGAGCCCGUUUUGCAGCAAGUAAAGGUCGGUUUGUUCAACACAGGACCACAGUGGUUGCAGAUUUACAACAUUUAAUAAGUUUUAAACUCCAUUACGCUUUGAAAGACACAUGACGAAAGUCUUACACAAUUAAAACGUUUACAUAAACAUUAAAGUAUUUUUUACCAAAAGAUUUGGCGCAAACAAAGUCUACUUGCACCACACAAAAAGGAGAAUAAUUCCCUGUAUAUAUACAAAUAAACAUAUAUUUUGAAAC